AUGGGUCUCUUACUUGGCCAGCUACCCGUGGAACUCAGGCAGGCUGUGUUGGAAGAGCUUCCGUCACUUCACGACCUACAUAGGGCCAUUCUAUCUUGCAAGUCGCUUUAUGAUGCCUACCAGACUUCUCGAACCCUCAUUCGGCAAAGGGUCUUUCACCACCAGGUGUUUGGCCCUGAAUCAUUCAUCACCACCGACACGAGCUCGUUCACUGGCAAUGUUGACAUUGCAGAGCACAUUGUCGCUAGGUUAGAGAAAGUUGUGCCACAAGAUGGCUUGAUAUUGAGGCAAGUCUUGUGGCAAAACUUGCUGUCAUUUGAUCAGGGAAUCAUCACAGGAUCCAUGAAACAUGUGGUACGCACGUUGUCUCUAGCCCUAGCUCUUGCAUACCGCCGACAAGAUGGGAUGUCGGAAGCACAACAUACCGAAAUACACGCUUUACGUCUUUUGUGCGGGGAUUCGCAACUCAGUAUGGAUUCAAAAACGACGGACUUGGUUCUCGGCUGGCUGCAUGAUGUCGUUACAAAUUGCUCCGGCCAUCGUGGCAACCUGAACCACUUGAUUCAAUUAUGCAUGAAGAUAUCAAAGUUUUUACCUGUUGCAGAGCAUAAAAGUCUUCAUUCACUGUCCAAAGCCUUCUCGGACGCUAUCCUUCGUUGCUGCAAGGACGAACCAAAGGCCGAAGGCAAGGCCAUGGUUGAUGAUCUAUGGCUGGCUCUGGAAGAGGCGCAGAGACUCAACCACCCCAGCGGAGAGUAUUGCUUUCAUUGCUUGGAAACGGCCAAGGCACUAGUCGAGACUACUGAUUCUAUAUAUUUGACUUCUGAAACGACAAUCUCGAACUUGCAAAGGGUGUGGCGGACACUACCAAUCCGAAGUCAGGCAUUCGAAACAUGGUCGCAUCUCUUCAUCGCCAGCCAUGGAACCUCUACAUGCGACGGAGUGUUCAAGGUAUGGACAAGACUGCGGGAUAGUCCGGAUCCCAGUCCUGAUGAGUUCGAAUCGUGUGAUCUAGAAUGGGCCAGACAAGUGAUGGUGGAACUGAGCAAGCAUGAUGGCCACCAUGAUCGAAGAAUUACCUUUCAACACUCCGUUUUUAACCUUAUGAGAGCAAAUACUCCUAAAAAGUACGCAUUCGGUCGAAAUCUCGCUGACGAGUAUGCAAAACGUGGUCAAAUAGCUCAGGCCAUCUUGAUGAGAGAAGAAAUUGGUCAAGGGAUCGACGCAGGGUCGAACGUUUACAAAUCUUGGGCAAUGUCGUUGAAGAAAUUGUAUCAGACGGCGAAAAGAGAAGAAGAUGUUGACCGAAUGGAUGCCUGUAUUUCUCGCGCUACUCAAGCAAAAAGCCAAAUGACGACAGUGGAUAUUUAA